AUGGAUGUUAUCAGUGUUGAGGAAUGGAGUAAAGACGCGAAGGAGAGUAGCAAGGUGCAGCAGUCGAGAAUGGAGAGGGGGGAGCAGAGCGAGUACCCAUCAAGUCUGGCACUCAUGGACAGCAGUGACCCACGCGCCUGGCUGGCUCCCGUGCAGCCUGCUGGCACCUGCGCGGCACACGCCGAAUACCUGCUGCACUCGCCCAGCUCCAGCAUGUCCCCCGCAUCCGGUCACAGCCCAAACUUUAGAAAAAGUUCCAAGAGCCCGCUCAAAGUUCGGGAGUUGUGUCGGCUCAAGGGUUCGGUGAACACCGAGGAUGGCAGACACAGAGCCCCAUCCAAACCUGGAAACGGAGUCCAGAAGCAGAGGCGCCAGGCUGCCAAUGCGCGGGAGAGAAGACGGAUGCAUGGACUGAACCAUGCCUUUGACGAGCUGCGCAGUGUCAUCCCUGCUUUCGACGACGACAAGAAGCUUUCCAAAUAUGAUACCCUGCAGAUGGCCCAAAUUUACAUCAACGCGCUGGCGGAUCUGCUGCAGGGUCCCGGUGUUGACUCGCCAAAGUGUGAUCUGUUGUCCGCCAAGGAGAGUCCCCGGGGAUCCUCCUCAUCCACCUGCCGAAGGGGCUCAGGCACGGGGCUACCAGUGCAGUUUAACGGAAUCCCAUUCCCCUUCGAAGACGGCUCGUUCUCUGCUUUGAUGGAGCAGGAGAUACGCUCUCCCUCGGGGACACCUACUUCCGACUUGGAGAGCAGAAAAGACUCCCCCCGGUCCAACCGCAGCGACGGAGAGUUCUCCCCGCACUCUCAUUUCAGCGACUCAGAUGAGAUGCAGAUGGAACUCCAGAGCGAAGACGAACUAUCUGAACUCAAACUUCCCAGCCAUCACUCAUAUUGAAACUUCACCAGAGACUUUCUAAUAGUGUCAAUAAUAUCUGAUGCUAGCAUAGCCUACAUUUUAUAAUAUGAUAGAUUGGGCUUUCCGAAAUCGUUUUGUUUCGUUUGAGAGUUCUAUUUUAUUAACUGUUAGAUAAAGAUGAUUUUAUGUCAGAGAAUUCGGUUCUGCCAAUAGAAUUGAUCGUCUCAUUGAGACAUAUAAGGACCCCUCUGCCAUGUCGUCUGUCGCGCGCAGCAUUGCCACGGGCUAUCCCAAUAUCACAGCAUGGACAAAACGCUGUCUUCCAAGAAAUUGCCUGAUAUUUUUAAAUGUAAAGGUUGUUUGUAAUUAUAUUUCCUUAUACUGCUCAUGAUCAUGAUUUCAUUGUUUGUAAAUGAAUCGUAUGAAUUUGUUUGCGACUUCAAAAGUUAAC